AACAGAAAACCCUAGCAACACAGUCCAUUUCGAAGCAGACUUGUCUUCAAUUUAAAGCCUUUAUAUCACUUCUUGAGCAAGCACUGCUUGAACACCUCUCAACCAGCCUCCUCAAAAUGGAGCUGUGCACUACUCAAUCCAUUUCAAAUCUCCCCAAAAUUUUCGCCGCAAACCCUAGUCUCCUCCGUUCUAAGACUUCCGUCGCUUUCCGGCAAGCCCAAUUCCCUCGCUCCAUUCAAGGUGGCAGCCUCCACUCCCGAUUUCUAUCAGUGGCAAGGGCAAUUGAGGAAACUUCGACCUUUGCUACCGGAGAACGUGAUAGUGCAGUAGCCGUGGAGGUUGAAUCUCCUAGUGAAAAGAAAGUGUAUAACGAAAGCAUAUCAACUGAACCUCUGCCUAAGGAGGAUUCUCCAGUUGAUGAGCAAGUAAAUGAUUUUUUGGCUAACCUGAACUUUAAGUUUGACUCUGAAGAUACCUAUUCUAUUUUGUUGUACGGUGGCGGUGCCAUUGUCGCAGUGUGGUUAGCAUCAGCUGUUGUUGGUGCUAUUGAUUCUAUUCCAUUGUUUCCUAAGUUAUUGGAAGUUGUGGGUCUUGGCUACACCUUCUGGUUCACUAGCCGUUAUUUACUGUUUAAGAAAAAUCGGGAUGAGUUGGUUGCUAAAAUAGAAGAGCUUAAGCAAGAGGUUUUUGGCCCAAGCGAUGAUUGAUGUGCAAGACAUAUACAUAUAUCUCCCUAUAUAUAUAUAAUUAU